CCAGCCGGAGUGACGUCUCGUCGGACCACCGACGAGUCGCCUGGCGGGAGGGCGGAGCGCCCGGAGUUUCGCCCUGCAGCAAGAUGGCGGCGGGCAGCGGAGGUUCCGGGCGGCGGCGGCGCGGGGCGCUGCGGCUGCUGAUGCGGGUGGGGUCGGUGCUGCUCACGCGUUUCCCUUUCUGGCAGUGCUUCAGCAGCCUCCUCCUCAAUGCUGAGCGCGCCGAGCACCGCAGGAAACCAGAUAUCCAGAUCCCCUACCUCUACUUUGAUAUGGGGGCAGCGGUUCUGUGUGCCAGCUUCAUGUCCUUCGGGGUGAAGCGCCGGUGGUUUGCCCUGGGGGCUGCCCUACAGCUGGCUGUCAGCACAUAUGCAGCGUAUCUUGGCGCCUAUGCACAUUAUGGAGACUGGCUGAAGGUUAGGAUGUAUUCACGGACGAUAGCCAUUAUUGGUGGUUUCCUGGUCUUGGCAAGCGGAGCCGGCGAGAUCUACCGCCAGAAACCCCGGAACAGGUCUCUGCAGUCCACGGGACAAGUUUUCAUUGGCAUCUACCUCAUUUGUAUGGCCUACUCCCUUCAGCACAGCAAGGAAGACCGCCUGGCCUAUCUCAGCGGCAUCCCUGGAGGGGAAAUCGCCUUACAGCUUCUCUUUGUUCUCUACGGCAUCCUGGCCCUCUCCUUCCUGUCCGGUUAUUACGUCACUCUGGCGGCCCAGAUCCUGUCGGUCAUCCUCCCGCUGGUGGUCCUCUUCAUCGACGGCAACUUGGGAUAUUGGCACGGCUCCCGGCGAGUUGAGUUCUGGAACCAGAUGAAGCUGAUUGGGCAGAACGUUGGCAUCUUUGGGGCGUCUGUCAUAUUGGCCACGGAUGGCUGAGAUCAGGCCCUUUGUGAGACUGGCUGUUACCGUGCUGGUUUUGAGGCGGGGAUGAGGUUGCAGGGCAAAGAAAAGAAGACAAGGAUUUGUUUUUGAAAUCCCCUAUUUAUAUUUCGUUGGCUUUGUUUUUAUUGCAUUGUGCAAAUGUUUUGUUCCUCCGCCCUUGGCAGCUAAAUGAAGAAAACGGGUUUUCUUCAAAA